AUGGUUUGCGGCCUUGAACCUCUUCUUGGCCUCGAGGCCCGCAGUCUGGCAGGCGGCUCCCGAGGCACCAUCAGCACGGAGCGCUUGUGGGAGGUGUUUCUGGGAGAUGUCAUGGCCGGAUUGACCAGCCUUCGGCUGAGGCAGUCCCAGGAGCUCUCACAUUGUUACCGACUGUGCUGGGUACCACUACAGCUUUGGCAACGCCUUGAGAGUGCUGAUGAGGAUCAAUUCCUGUGCUUCGAUGCCAUGCAAAGCGUGGCGAACAAGGAACCUUGGCAUUGCUUAGAACUUUUGCCACAGGGCUGCGUGCCGUGCUUGUUGGAGUUCGACACGCACAUUGCCCGACAAGCAGUUGAUGUGCACGAACUCGCAGCUGCCAUCGAAGGAAGCGAGCUACCUGAAGGUGCAACGGCCGAGGCGCACGAGCUGCUCCUGCCGCCCUUCCUGCGUGGCAAGCUGGGACAGGUGCGCCGCGCCCCUGCGCCGCCACCGUAUCACUUGGAAGUCUACCACCUGGAGAUCCUGGGCUUCCCGGAAACCGACCUCUCCGAGACCUUGCUUCAGUCCCCUCCGGAGGCCAUCUUGGCGGCCUCUCUCCUGCUGAGCUUGCAACGCUCCAGAGAGGAGCAGCACGAAGCGGGUUUCACCUGCAUCGCUCCAGCCGAGAAGGAGGCAGAGUAUCGAUGUGCAGCGCUCGGACACGGGAGGGACACGUCGGAUGCCACGUUUCCGCCACCCGCGGUGCCUCCGGAGACUGCUCCACCUGCUGAGCAGGCCCCCGAGGCGCCGCUUCGGCGGACGCUGCUGGCAUUGGCCUCCGACUGCUUCGCGCAGCUCGCGGAGGCCGUGGAGGUGCGACACCUGGGCACGGUGAGUACCGUGUGGAAGGGCUACUUGGAAUGCGCCUUAGAUGGCACCAACUUCUGGAAGGAGGUGGGCGAGGCUCUACAGAUGGGCGUCUUCGGCAUGGCGAGGACGGCCGUGCUGGGCUCGGCGCGGGCGUCGCUGCGGGUGACGAAGCGGGCCCUGGGCUUCGCCAGUUGUUUGGACCGAGAUGCCAUGGACGAGGAGCGACAGCGCCAGGUGCGGCUGUUGGAGCAACGCUUGCACGAGGCCAUCACCUGCGCUCGCCACGAGGUGUCUGCCCUGCACCUCGAAACCAUGUCGGAUCCGGAAGCCUUCUUGAGAUUUGUGGCUCAUGACCCUUUGCGUGCUUUGAAGGCAGCUCCUAUCAUCAUCCAGGUCUAUCGGCGUGUGCCGCCGGCGCAGCGGGUGCUGCUCUUCGCGAAGCUUUUGGGCUUGGCCACGAUGGUGGGUGCCAUGCUGCGUGGCGACGAGCGGGUACUGGAAGCCUUUGAGUCUCCUUUCCCGUUAGCAGAGGACCCUUGGGUCUCCAUGCUGUCCGAGGCGGACCCGGCGGGCAAGGCGCCACAGAAGGCAGCCCGGCGAGUGGUGCAGAGCUUGCAAUUGCAGCGCUUGUCCUUGGCCAAGACGCAGUUGCUCUUGGUGGCGGGCGUGCCUGAUGCCGGGAAGACGACCGUCCUUCGCGAGGUCUUUGGUUUGCAGCACUUGAAGGCAGGUCUCUCAGAGGAGGGUCGGACGGACGAGGUGAUCUUUGAGCUCCACCCACGUGGCGAUUUGCGCUUCAGGCCGGUCUACCUGGUGGAUACCCCAGGCUUUGGUGAUGGAGAACAGCUCCACCGAAAUGACAUGGGCCGGCUGUUGCUUCGCGCCUGCGAAUGGUUGGGCAGCAAUGUGACGCUCCUGUGGGUGCUCAAGGCGGGUCGACACACCAAGGACGAUGCCUACCACUUCGUCUCGGGCAUCGCGCGGAGCACUGAGCGGCUCUUGGUGCUGGUGACGCACAUCGACCGGACCUUUGAGGAGCGGUAUCGUGAAGCAGGUCCUGGCUGGCGUGAGACGAUCCUGCAGGGCGUGCCACACCGGGAUGUCCGGUGGAGCCAACAGAGGCGACGGCUCAUGCAGGAGUUGAUGAAUGAGGUGGAGACCACGAUCCGUUCCACCCUAGAGCUUGAUGAGGGUGCCCCUUUGCCGGAGAUUUGCUUCACCUGCCUGGGUGGCUGGAUGGCCCGUGCCUCCGGCGAAGAGGAGGAUGAGUUCGCACAGCCUGAGCCCUGGCCUUGGGCACGCGAGGAGCUGUCGGGCGGCCCAAGGGACCAGCGUGGCACAGCGUGGAAGACCUUGGUGCCCGAGACGUGGGACGCGAGCCGGCGUCGUAGCGAUGUGCCGGCAGGUGUCUCGCUGCGAAAGACCUUGCGGCAGGCCAGGACGUUUUGGCUGACCGAUCCACAUUCUCGAAGCUGUUCGGAGAAGGAACAGCUCUACAAAGCUUCGGAGCCAACUGAUGCUUUUGCCAUGUUCAUCUCACACACCUGGUUGACACCUGGGAAGUGGAAAUUCUGGUUUGAGCUGGCAAACUUUGAUGUGAUGAAGGUGAAUUGUAGCAACGACUUUGACCGUGACUGCAUUCACGCCGCCAUCAUCGAGUGGUAUGGGAGCCUGGCGGCCUUCACUGAACAUGUGAGAGGGCCAUUUCGAGAAGAAGUCUUGAAACUGAUGAGGGCUAGUGGAAGCGUGUCAUCGCACUACAUCAUUUGGCCAAUCACACCAUUGCUGUGCCUUUCGUUAGAUUCCUUCCUGGCAUUGUGCAAAGCGGGGGCACCAGUAAAGGCGUUGGUGGCCUUCUUUUUCAGCCACGUCGUGAGCUUUGAUUUGCUUUUUUUUCCAGCCAUGGGAGUUCUAUUUGGCCAUUUGGCCAACAGGCGGGAGCUUUGCUUGGGGCGAUGUAAGGCGGUCGAGAUCAUUUUAAUGGUCUCCAUUUGCUUGACCAUGUGUGUAGCAGCGGCCUUCAUGGUAGUAGUGAUGUCCGCUAGAAACAUUGAGAUGACACUGCUGUGGAACUUCACAGCUCUUCUUUUUGCUGGCUUCGUUUGGUUCUUUUGCUGGCGCGUCUAA